AUGGACGAGAAGCUUCCCUUAGCCCAAGUUGCGUGGAAGCAACAGUCCCGAACUUUACCCCGGACACGAUGGAUUCUCUUAUCAGCAGUAGCACUCAUCGGGUUCUUGUUUUCCCCCUAUUUCAACCUCAAUCGCAUAUUCACCAAAUCGCGAUCACAAUGCCACUCUGGUAAAGCUCCUACUGAGAAUUCCCUGUGGCAACCAUGUGGAGAGGUCGAUGGUCACCCACGCCAGUGUGCCAGUAUCGAAGUACCGAUGGAUCAAUUCGACCCGGAGAAUUCAGGAGACAAGACCUUUACCAUACCACUCGUUCGUAUUCCUGGAAAAGAGGGCAGUCUGAACCUCCUUCUUAACCCCGGUGGACCUGGAGGAAGCGGCUUCGAGUUUGUGUACCGCCGAGGCGAGCAGAUCAAAGCACUUGUGGGCGACGGCUUCCACCUAGUCUCGUUCGACCCCCGCGGCGUCAAUAGCUCAACACCCACGGCCUUUUGCUAUCCUGACCCCGAGACCAGAAAGGAACUGUCGCGUGUUCGAGCCAAUGAUGCCUCAGAUAGCCCCGAAGUCUACGCAUGGAGCCAGAAUUUCGCCAAAGCUUGCUCUGAUACAAUGGGAGAAUAUGGGAAAUAUAUCAACACUCCACAGACAGCAGCCGAUAUGAAUAGUAUUCUCGAUGCGCUUGGUCAAAGAGAUAUGUACUACUGGGGCUUCAGCUAUGGCACUCUUCUUGGGCAAACGUACGCAGCUAUGUUCCCUGAAAGAUCGAAGCGUGUCAUCAUCGAUGGAGUGGUCAACCAGUUUGAUUGGUAUGGGAGAUCCUUUAAGACAGACACCAUGGUUGACGCCGAUUCUGUCCUUGAUGGAUUUUUCGACGAAUGCAUGAAGGCGGGUGAGACAAACUGCACUCUGUCUUCACUCGCGACAUCCACAGAUGAGCUACGUCAGGUAGUAUUCUCUUACCUGGAAAAACUCCACGACCAACCUCUCAGUGUUUAUAUCAAUAACACUGCCUAUGGUUUAUUAGACUAUAGCCAGGUUAUGUUCAACGGCAUCUUCCCGGCUCUGUAUAAGCCUCGAACAUGGUUUUCUCUAGCUGAGAACCUAUACAAACUCAUUCAAGGCAAUGCCACCCAUGCUUUCCUGGCGUAUGCUACUGAGACCUUGGGGGACUGGGAGCACCAAGCAAACGAGUUUGUCACAUUUAAUGAUGGCAGAACUGGUGCUGAUCAUUGGCCUCAGGGUAGACAGGCACUGCUUGAGGAGAUCACGCCCUGGCUCAACCAAAGUCUCUUCGGUAAUGAAUUUCUAAAGGGAUACUACAUGAAGCAACAUUGGAGUGUACCAAAGACACAUUCAUAUGUACCACGCAAAGGAGUCGAGACGGCUCAUCCGUUGUUGAUCCUUUCGACUACCUAUGACCCCGUGUGCCCACUGGUAUCAGCCCGCUCUGCCAACGAAGCAUUCGUGGACUCCCAGAUCGUCGAGGUCAAAGGCUACGGCCACUGCUCCGUUGCAGUGGGGUCUGUCUGUCUUAUGAAGCAUGUACGCGAGUUCCUAUACGAAGGGAAACUACCUGCGACAUAUACCCAGUGUGAGGUGGAUUCGCCAUACUUCGUCAAGCCGGAGAGUGCUGGUAGUGCAUCAAUUACAGCUCAGAGACACUUCGAAGAUCCGGAAGAUCAGAAAAUUCACCUUGCACAAUUGGAACUUGCAAGAGACUGGGAGUUUUCAAGGCGAGUUGGAUAUUAA